AUGGCCAGGAGCCUUUUGCGGGACUGGUGCCGGGGGCUGGACGUGGACGAGCACAGGGCCCUGCUGGUCACCGGCAUCCCCGAGCGCCUGGAGCGGGCGGCCAUCGAGGCCGUCCUGCGGCCGGCCCUCCUGCCCCUGGGCGCGUUCAGGCUGCGGAACACGAGGGCCGCGAGGAACCGGGAGGCCAAGGCCGCCCUGGUGGAGUUCGCGGAGGACAUUGAUCACGCCGCCAUCCCCAGGGAGAUCCCGGGCCAGGACGGCGUCUGGAGGGUUCUGUGCAAGGACCGCGCCGAAGACACGAGAGUCCUGCGGCGGAUGAAGCGCUUGCUGCUGGAAGAAAGGCCCACUCAGGCCGCAGUGGCCGGGGCCCCCGGGGGCACGCCCAGCCCUCCCGCCUCGGAGACCGAGGCCCAGGGGUCAGAGCAGGCGGCCGGGAAGGCUGGGCCCCCUCCUGGUGCAGCCAGCGGGGCUGGGAGGGGCCGUGGGGGUCGCAGAAACAGAGCCAGAGGCAACAGGGUGACCCAGAAGGGCACGAAGAGGGGCCGAGGAGGGUGGCCGUCUGCGUCGGCGAGGCGUGAGUCCGAGGACUCUUCGGACGAGAGCCUGGGCAUCGUGAUCGAGGAGGUGGACGGGGAGGACCUGAGCGCGGAUGAGGAGCAGAGCGCGCUGUACGCCACCCUCCAGGCCGCCGCCAAGGAACUGGUGAAGAAGGGGGCCCUCCAGGGCGAGGCAGACGACGGAGACGGUCCCCGCGAGUUCUUGGCCCUGGUGACGGUGACGGACAAAGCCAAGAAGGAGGAGAUGGAGAAAGGGCCCCGUGGGGCCGAGUCCAUCAGCCUGGACAUCGCAGAAGACCGGAGCGGGGUCCCCGACUUAGUGGCGCUUCUUGCUGUGAGAGACGCGUCGGACGAGGAGACCACGGGCAGCGACGCUUCCGAAAGUGAUUCGCAGGAAAAUGGGGACCAAGAGGAAGAGGGGGUGGACAAUCCCGAGUUUGUGGCUAUUGUGGCGUAUACAGACCCCUCGAACCCCUCCGCCCAGGAGAUGCUGAAAAUCGCUUCUGUGAUCAGGUCGCUGGGCUGGAGCGACAAGAAGGACAAAAGGGAUGCCCUUCCCGAGGUCUUGUCCCUCAUGGCCAAGGACACUUCGGGCCCCCGCGUGCAGGUGGAGGAGGCAGGCCGCCAGGUGGACGCCAUGGUCCUGCGGAAGGCCGAGGACGACGGGAACCUUCUGGAAUGCAUUUCUGCCUUGGUUGAGCCCCAGACCCGCCCCGAGGGGAGGAAGGCUCCGCGGGGCCCCCUCGCGGGCCAGGGCGACGGCGAGGACGCUGAGGGGGGCCUCCUGGAGCUGGUGGCGCUGCUGGCGGCCCAGGACACGGCCGAGGUGGUGGAGGAGGACAAGGAACAUGCCUGGGAGGGCGGGAAGGUCCAAUGCGCCAAAGGCAAGCUGGGUGAGGUCUUGGCGCUCCUGGCGGCCCGAGGGGGCAGGGAGUCGGAUGAGGACGCGGAGGGGGCUUCGGACGAAGGCUCCGAGGAGGAGGCGUCGGAGGACACGGAGGGCGAGGAGUCGGAGCGCGAGCACCGGGCGUCCAGGACGCCCCGCGCCAAGCGGGCGCGCACGGCCUCCAGGGCCCUGGGAGCGGCCGGCGCCCCCGCCCCGUCGGGCGCCCGCAAACCCCGAAGGGGAGGCCGGGGCCGCGGCGGAGGGGGCGUCACUCCCGAGAAGAAGGCUCAGGACGAGGCGGCGGGACACAAGAAAAAGAAGGGGCGUGCGGGGGCCGGGCCCCGCGCCAAGGCCGGCGAGGCCGGGGGGCAGCCGCCCAGCGGCUCCAAGGCGGCCCGCGGGAAGAAGGCUCGGGGGGGCAGGAGGCCGCCGCCCAGGCGCCGCUAG